AUGUUGGCGCCGGUCAUUGCCAACCUCGUCCAAUUUUUCUAUCCUAUCGGAAACACCCCUGCUGUCUCCUUGACUCAGGAAUUACCACCGCAUGAAAAGGCCGAUAUCCUUCUUCUAGGGUGUGGAGAUGUCCGUCAUAUUCUCUUUACCAUCAACAAUGAGCAAAAAUCUCACAGCCAGCGUCCAUUGGACUUCACUUGCUGUGAUGUGGAUACCGCAGUGAUUGCCCGCAACAUUGUCUUGCUGUCCUUGAUACUGGAUGACACGGAUGGUGCUCUGGAGCAUGCCAUUUGGAAAUUAUUUUAUCAUUUCCGCAUCGACCAAGCUGUACUUGAUCUGCUGCAGAGUCAGGCAACGAAACUGCUAUCUCUGUCAAACUCACUGGACUCAUGGCAUGAGAGUCAGUAUGGCCAGCAUAUCAGAAUCUGUGACCGCACCUCCCUCCAAAGGGUGCGGGAUAUGUGGAGCUUCUACGGAGCCGAGAGAAAAGGACAUGAUCUUUCCAGCUACCAAACCAAGGUCGCGUCGGGCAUACGGAAGUCACAAGAAUACAUGAAAUUAGUUCUGGGAGAUAAAGCCAACGCUCUGACAAGCCUCCGUGCCGCUUCGCCUGCCUGCAUGCUUGCCCUAUCUGACAUUGGGGGCUUGUACAAUGAUUACUGGAAAUUCGGCACUACCGAUACUGAUUCAGCAGCUCGAUCUGAUGCCACAGAAUACAAUCCUAUGCUUGCACCCUGGAAUGGCAAUAUGUUCCUACACUACGGCACCGACCCGUUGUCAGGAUUCCAUCUUGGAGCCUCCUAUGCUCCGCUCAAGGCAUCGUCACCAUUGUCCAACCCGUUCUCUGCUUCCAAAAAACCUACUUCGGCCGAGAUUGUGGGAACAGCACAGCGAGAGUUUAGUUCCUGGAUGAAGUCAUUCCGAACCCACAGCGCUAAUGGGCUGACGAAGCUACGCUUCUUUGUGGGGGACGCAGUGGCGCUAGCGUACUCCCUCCAGCACAUAAGGACCAGCGGGUCGAAGCAAGCCAGCUGGUAUCGUGAUAGGUAUCACUUUGAGCCAUUGGAUUUGACGGGCGGCGAUUAUUCCAAAGGCUCGGCACCUUGUGUGUUCGAUGUUAUCGACACAUCCAACCUUAUUGAUCACCUUGGAGCUUUGAACCUCCUGGCUGCCACUUCGCCCCUUCUUCGAAACACAUUCUCAUCCACCCUGUUCUCGGAAAAGCUCGUUCGAACUCACGGGAGCCACGUGGAGCUUCUAGAGAACAUUCUUUGUGGUGACUUGACUACGGUGUCUUCGCUCCUUGGCUUGACCCCCGUUGAAGUUGCAACAAAUGCUUCGCAUUUCUCUUCGGGCGAUGAAACGAUCGCAUCUGGUCAAACUGAAGUAUUGCAAUGUUUUGCAAGAAUUGCGUGGAAGAGGCCAUUGAACCCCACAGAGACAGCCGAAAAACCGCUAGCCCUUAUUCACUUCGACCCGGCCCAUCUGGCAAGUGCUCUCCAUCUCAUCUACUCGAAGAUGUUUGCCGAUGAGGAUGUCACGCAGAUGCUUGCAAGGAUGACCGCCCAAAAAAGUCAAAGACCAUCUCUCCCAACGUAUCACCGAGGAAGCUUCGUCGCUCUUCUUUGCUUUGUGAAGUCACGGGUGAAGACUGACUGGAAAAAGACAAUGAAAGAGUUACUGGAGCGCAUCGAAGGUGAUGAAAAACUGGCGUUCUCUCACACUUACAUGCAAGAGCUCUUCCUCUGGAUGCACAUGAAGGGUAUUCACUCGGUUGACAUCCUGCGAGAGAAACCAGGGAAUGUAGCAAGCUUCCAAGGAGCGGGCAAUCUGCAGAACUGGCAAAAUGUCCCAGAGGCCGUAUGUGUAACGCUUCAGAUUCCAAGAAACAAACUCGAUCUUUUUAUCAAGGAGUCGAUGAAGAAGGGGUUCACUCCUCCGCUUCAGGGAACUCUCCAGUCAUCCCCUUUGACAACCAACCAAUGGCAGAACAUGUUCGCUGCAACCCAGGUUGGGUUCGGUAGUCUGGUGGCUAAGGGAACUCAAUCGAGUGACUCGUAUGGUAUUGACAUCCAUCAUGACCCCUUGGGAUGGUCUGGAAAAUCGGCAAUGUUCGUCUCCUUCUAUGUACCCACUUGGGUCUUGUUCCAGGAGCCUGAGACGGCUACUGUCUCGUUGACACUUCCCCACACCCCUCACACUGUGGCUGCUUUUGCCAAUAUUCUCGGGCAAACAUUGACUAUCUUUACCGCUGAUCAACAAGAUGUUGAAAAUGUUCACAUCACAAAAGCCUCUCCAGGCCAGAAGGGUGUUAUUUCCAUUGAUGGCUUUGCCCCAGGAACCAUUCAAGAUGAGGUUGAUCCCAAGGGUCAUUCCGGGACAACGGUGACAGCCAGUGUUGACAAGGAAUCUGGCCGUAUCUCAUCAUUUACCAGUCAUCUCCAGAUCCUCUCAGAGGAGGGAAAAUCCGCACUGAAGGAAGGAAGCAAAUUCACCCGCUGGAUGCGAUCUCCAUUUAACUAUGCCAUAGCAGGGGAACGAGGUCCAAAGUACAAAGUCGAUUUCCCAGCUCCUGUGUUGGACUCGACAGUUAAGAUCCGGAUCGCUCGCAAAUCAUCCUAUCUUGAGGUUGUAGCAAGCGUUGCUAAAUCUGAUGACUGGCCAAAUUUCCCGUCGUUCAUGUACCCAGUCUUCCUGGACUCUGGGUCACCUUCCCUAUGGAACAUGCCGCGUCUGCACAUGUCUGCGCUUCCGAAGAUUGAUGUCACAAAUCCGAAGUCGGUGCGCCUUGAUUUCCUCAAGUACCACCUGCCAACCAUGUGGUCAACGAAAGAAAGCGCGGUGAAAUUCAAUCCCUCGUUGCCAUCAACACCCAGCCUGCGCGCCAAGUGCGACUUCAAAGACUCGCUUUUUCACAUGUUCAUGGGAUUCACUGGAGCUGAAGGAAAGAAUCAUGCAUCCGUGUUCGCUAUUAAUUGCGAGGAUCAACAAGGAGUGCAGAUUCUGUUCUUCCUCUCGGAAAUGCGACUCGAUCUCUCGAACCGCACUGUUGUCCUUGACGGCGCAGUGCUACCAUUGCGCAUCGAUCUCAUGGGGCGCAUUCUUCCAUCUCUGCAAGCAAUGUCGGAAAGCAGCUAUGCGCCCCCGGCGAUCAACGUACCUACAAACGAGCUACAGCUAUGGAAAGAAUCACUGCCUGCCUGGACUGAGCGAAGCCGAUCAUGGUCGCACAAGCCUAAAUGUGAGUAUCUUUCCAAGGGUACGAUUCCUCUCUCAACCAAAUUUGGCGAAAGAAUUCUGUGCUCUUGUGGUGAAGGUGAGUUGCCUGCCGAUUUCAUGCCCGACUUCCCGGGAUGGAAUGUUCUGUCGAAAUACGCUGUCCGGGUUGCCAUUUCUCCGUGUUUCUCAUCUCCGCUUGUCGAGAGUCCUCUGGAUAUCUACAAAUCCGAUUUCACUCGCAAUGCGCCCACGGAACAGAAGAAUGGCUGUCAAGUCUGUGGCAACGCUUCUAAGCCAGACGGCUCUGAUUUGAUGAACUGUUCUCGCUGCCACACGGCGAAGUACUGCUCGAAGGAUUGCCAGAAAAAGGACUGGAAGGAACACAAGCUUGUUUGCAAGUAG